AGACUCUGUGCGCACCGACUGGAUUUGGUUUUAUCAGGAAGACAAAUUGUAGACAUCUGAAUUUCCAUGCUUAAUGCUAGCGUUGUUAUAGAAAUGUAAAACGGUCUUUUCGACAUUAGUCUUUCAUUUUGAUAGUAUCCUAUUUAAGUUAAAAGCGCGUCAAUGAAGAAACAUCGAAAGAAAUUGUUUUAACUCUAGGGGACAACAGCAUCAUCAGUCCCUCGUAACUUCCAUAGAUUUUACGUCGCAGCAAAAGCGGCAAAUCCACUCUUUAAGCGUCGGUGAAUUUCAGUUGACAGUUCUUACCCUUUGCCCUUUCUAUGUACAGGAGACGGUGAGUCAUGAGAUUGACAGUCCCCUUGCGAGCUGUGGUUGUGCUACUCCUGGUGGGGCUCACCUGGCUGCUAGCCAACACCUUUUUUCGAGGGGAGAAUGGCUCAUCUGUUAGACAUUUCUUCAGCGGUGCAAUUGAGGACCCAACAUCUGCAGAGCUGCGCCCCAAAAAGUACAAAUGUGGACUUUCGGCUCCUUGCCCCCCGAAACAUUUGGCUUUCCGUCUGGUGUCUGGUGCUGCAAACGUCAUUGGCCCUAAAAUCUGCUUGGAGGACAAGAUGUUGUUAAGCAGUGUGAAGAACAACGUUGGCAGGGGGCUAAAUAUAGUUUUAGUCAACGGGGUGACCGGUGAGCCCAUGGAAACGAAGACCUUUGAUAUGUGGGCAGGAGAUGUUAAUGACUUGUUGAAGUUUCUUCGGCCACUUCAUGAGGGAACCCUUGUGUUUGUGGCGUCUUUUGAUGAUGCUGCUACAAAACUAAACGAUGAGUCUCGUCGAUUGUUUGAGGAGCUUGGGAGCACAGCAGUGAAGGAGCUGGCUUUUAGAGACAGCUGGGUGUUUGUUGGAGCCAAAGGCAUUGAGAAUAAGAGUCCCUUUGAGCAGCGAAUGAAGAACAGUAAGAGCAGCAACAAAUAUGAAGGCUGGCCCGAGUCUCUGGAGAUGGAUGGCUGCAUUCCCCUCCGGCCUCCACUUGAAGGUUAAUUCUUCCUUAUACCAUCUCACAUUGACUAUGGUAACACCUGAAGAGGAACCAGGAUGAGAAUGACUGUUUUAAAAGCUAAGAAAAGUCUAAAUAGCUGAAACCAAUUGAUAUAAAUGUUGCUCACAAAUAUGACUUUGUUUUCCCUCUCAUGGCAGAGGAAUACAUGAAAUGCACAGAUUACCUUUACUUGGAAGUGGUUUGAGCAAUGCUCUUGAACUGAGCUUUGUGAGCUGCUUUUGACUCUUAAGUAAUGUUUUACUAAUAAGGAAAAUAAUAUCAGGUUGACAAAAAGCUUAAAAGUCCAAAUAAUUGAUGACCAAAGUGAAAAAAUGACAACUGAAUGAAUAUAGGAGGAGUAGGUCAUCCAAAGCCAUUCUUGGAAACUAAUACAUUCCUCUCUUUAAAACUGCCUGUAGGGUGUGUACUUUAAACUAGAAAAACAGGAAUGAGAAGCACUGAGUCUACAUCAGCAUCAGAAAAAAACUGGAUCUACUUUUAUUGUUUCAAGACUUUUCACAGAGAAUGAGGAUAGUUCAUAUUUCAAUACACUAAUAUAUUUUCAUCCUGUUAUAUAUUUCAUUAAUAUUGCAAUGCUUUGAGAUAGCAGCCACUGUUUCCUUUGAUGAACAGCAGUUGUUGUUUGCAACAUGUUUACAGAAUUCUUUAGCCCAAAUCCUGUUUUGAUUAAAGCUAUUUAUUUUCAUAUUUUAACAGAGAAGACAACAGUUUAAUUGAUUAGGCUCACCAUCAAACCUCUAAUUGUUUUAAUAUAUUCUCAGGCCUGUAAGUAUGUUUCCACUGAGUGCUUUGUCUAAACAUUUAGCCUCCAUGUGAGUUUUUGUUUUGUUUUGUUUUGUUUUUUUUGUUGUUGUUUUUUGGAGGGUUUAUGCAUUUGUACAGGUAAUUGAUGAAUGUGUUCACUUGGCUGCUUGCAGGCCUAAUACACGCUACAAUGUGAAGAAAUAAUUCUAUUUCUGUUGUAUGCGUAGAUGUAUGUUUUAAAAACCUUUGUUUUUGUGUAAAGAUUUUCCCAUGUGUUAAGUUUUAUUUCCUACAAAAUAUCGCUGUGUGUUGUACUGUAACAGCAAAACUUAUGAAUAAAAAAAAAUGUCUGAA